UGCCGUGGUUCCGGUGUUCCCGUGCAGUGAGAUGGCGGACCGGCGGAGGAGGAGGAGGUCUCAGGACAGCGAGGACGAGUCCGGCUCCGGGUCCGGGUCUGGUUCCGACAGCGGGAGGUCCGGGUCACCCACUAAACAACGAGUCAGAGACCCAGAACCACCCGAACCCUCAGCAGCACCGACCCGAGAGGAGCCGAAGAAACCCGAAGAGUCCGAGUGUGAGAGUGAAGAUGGUGUUGGAGAAGCUGUCCUCUCUGACUAUGACAGUGCUGAUCCAGAGGACAACGGCUCCCAUUCAGAGGGAGUGGAGGAGGAAGAGGAGGCAGAGCAGUACAGCGAUGAAGAAGCUCCAGCAGCAGCCAGCGAGCCCAAACCCUCUGCAGCCGAUGUUCCAACAAAGGUAGAGGAGGAGGUGGUGGAGGAGGAGGAGGAGGAGGAGGAGGUGGUGGAGGAGGAGGAGGAGGAGGAGGAGGAGGAGGAGGAGGAUGAAGAAAAGGAGCCAGAGGGGGAGGUAGGAGGAGGACGGAGUAAAGAGGAGAACAAAGCUGAGGAGAAAGGGAACCUGGCCGGAGAGAGACAGAGCGGUGACGGACAGGAGUCUACGGACGACCCCGAGACGAAGGCGGGAGGGAAACCGGGUCAGAAGCUGGACGACGACGAGGACCGGAAGAACCCGGCCUACAUCCCCAGGAAGGGUCUGUUCUUUGAGCACGACGUCAGAGGACACGCUCAGGAGGAGGAGAGACCUAAAGGUCGAAACAGGAAGUUGUGGAAGGACGAGGGUCGCUGGGAGCAUGACAAGUUCAGGGAGGAGGAGCAGGCGCCGAAGAGCCGCGAGGAGCUCAUCGCCAUCUACGGCUACGACAUCAGAAACGGCGGCGGCUCCGGAGACCGACCGUACCGGCAGCGCAGGCCCAGACAGACGACGUCUCCCAGCAGAGACAAGCGGUGGCGAGAUGGAGGAGGAGAACGAGCGGUCCGAUCCUGGCAGAGUGGAGGAGGAGGAGGAGGAGGUCUGAACCGAGGAGGAGCUCCACCGUCAUCCUCCUCUCCAUCGCCCUCCUCCCUCUCUUUCUCCUCCUCUCAGCGUAGCAGCAACCCCUCCAGACCUCCGCCCUCCCGCAGCAGACCCUCACACCUCCCGGCCCAGUCCCACUACAGGAACAACGAAUCAAACGCUCCCCAGCAGCACGCCAGAGAACGACAGGGUCCUAAAACGCCGUGUGACCCCGCAGGAGACCGGGGCGUGGUCAGCAGAGGAGGGCGUGGCGGUGGCGGGGGAAGGGGGCCCUCCGUGGUCAUUGAGGACAUUACAGUCAGCCAAGGAGGUGUUAGAGAACAGGACCUAAGUGUUGUACCGCCACCAGCAUCGUCACAGCCGGGCGGUUACCGGUCUGCGUCACCGAGACGACAGCAGCAGGAACGGCGAGGCAGCGCCGACAGAUCUGCGUCUGGAUCGGCCGCUUCCUCCUCUGGCUCCGCCCCCGCUCUCCAUUCAUCAGCCGCAUCGACCAAUCCGCAAGCCUCUCCUCCCGCCGAGCGGCCGGUGGAGCGUAAAUCUUACUCUCUGGCUCGCAGGACUCGCUCUCGGCCCGCAGACCUGGGCAGCAAACAGCCGUCCGUGGAGGAGUCUGCCGCCGGAGGGAACGCCACCUCCCCCGCCAUCGUGGGCGGGAAGAGCUGGGCCGGAGGCGGCGACGGGCCGAGUCAGGCCGGAGGAGGGGGAGGGCUGACGGAGCUGGACCAGGACGUAGCCCGACUCAGUCUGGCAGGACAGAACUGGAGCCCCAACCCCACCUCCUACUUCAGGUCUGAGAUGAGAGGCCUGCCCAACGCCAUGCAUAUCCCCGGCAGCCCGCCUCAGUUCUCCAACAUGGAGGAGAUGGGUGUCAGUUCCAAUCGGGCCAAACGCUACUCGUCCCAACGCCAGAGAGCCGUUCCAGAGCCGGCGCCGCCGCCCCCCAUGCACCUGGGGGUGAUGGAGGGUCACUACUACGAACCCAUGUCCUAUCAGGGACCGAUCUACACCCACGGAGACGGCCCCGCCCCCAUCCCGCCGCAAGGCAUGCUGGUCCAACCUGAGAUGCACCUCCCCCACCCCGGUCUCCAUCCCCACCAAUCAGGCGGCCCGAUCGCUAACCCCGCCCUCUACGGAGGCCCGCCAGUUUCUCUGUCGCCGGGGCAACCACAGCAGCUGCUGCCGCCGCCUUUCUACCCUCCGCCGGGGGUCAUGACCUUCCCGUACCCCACCAUGUACCCGAGUCCACAGGGUCAGGCCCAGGUGACCUACGGAGGUGUGACGUACUAUGACACCAUGCAGCAGCAGGCUCAGCCUAAGCCGUCGCCCCCCCGCCGGACCUCCCAGCCCGUCACUGUGAAGCCCCCCCCACCGGAGCUGCACUUCGCCUCAGAGUGACUCCGCCCCCCCCUCGCCCUCCUCACCACCCGGUCAGAGCCUCACUGUGACCUCACAGCUACAGUUCUGUUUGUAGGAGACGGACGGGACGGUUCCCAACAGCAACCGCCAACGCUAUCCAGGGAGGGACGGACGGGUGGACGGACGGACGGGCGGACGGACGGACGGGCGGACGGACGGACGGGUGACCCCCAGCAUCAGUGGUGGAACGUGACCUUUUCUUCUCGAGUUAGUUAGCUUGGAGCCGUGUAGCGGCGCGGUGCGGGGAGGCGACGCGUCAUCAGACUGAUCUGUGACUCUGCGGUCGCAGGUUUGAUUCCACCAACGUGUCUUUGAGCAACAACAAAGCUGAACCUGGAAAUGUAAAACAUGUUGAAACCCUUUAGAAGAUGUAACGUCCCCGAGGCGGACAGACGAACGGAGUGGAACUCUAAACGUCGGGACCAGGAGGUCUGGAAGGGGUUUGUUAACGGCCGUUAACGGACGACAGAAACGGUUCUUUUGUUGUCCCGUCAUCAGUUUGUGGGUUCCUUCACGCUGAACGUGUUCUAACAGGAAACAGGAAGUUAAUGCUGAACUUGUUCUAACAGAAACAGGAAGUUCAUCAGCGUGAGAUUAGAAACAGAAGAGUUUAUGUUCUUGUUGUAUAUAGUUUGAAUGAAAACCUCCACGUUACCGUCGCGUUACCGUCAGGUUACCGUCACGUUACCGUCACGUUACCGUAAGGUUACCGUAAGGUUACCGUCGUGUUACUGUCAGGUUACCGUCGGGUUAUCUCCACGUUACUGGCAUGUUACUGUCGGUUACCGUCGGGUUAUCUCCACGUUACCGUCACGUUAUCGUCAUGUUUACGUCGGGUUACCGGCAGGUUACCGUCGGGUUAUCUCCACGUUACCGUCGGGUUACCGUCGGGUUACCGUCACGUUACCGUGGGGUUACCGGCAGGUUACCGUCGGGUUACCUCCAUGUUACAGUCAGGUUACCGUCACGUUACCGUCGGGUUAUCUCCACGUUACCGUCGGGUUACCGGCAGGUUACCAUCGGGUUACCUCCACGUUACUGUCGGGUUACCGGCAGGUUACCGUCGGGCUACAGCCGGCUGGAGUUGGUCAGUUCUCUCCAUGCAGACAGACGGUUCCUACUCUUGAAGAUCUCUGCGUUCGUUACCAACUAAUAACUGACCUUUAAAUGACCUUUAACUGACUUUUAAAAGUGCUGCCCGUCCUCCUCCGUCGGGUUCAUGUUCGGUUGAUCGACCGGCUGCAGCUUCAGUCAGAUAACCCUAACCCGUGGAACAUGUUUGUCCCACUUUCUUUGACACAAAGAGACCAGAGGACGGUGGGGGGGCGUCAUUCAGCUUGUUGAUUUAGAUUAUUAAUAAAUUAUAAUUCCACGUCAUUUUCUUUUGAUCUUGAGACUCUAAUCGUACCGACGGUAAAGUCCGGCGCCGUAUUCGGGUCGUUGUAGAAUCUAAAACAGAGAGACUUUAAUCUCUCUCUGAGAUGAAAGUCGUAAAUUUAAGAUGAAAGAAGCCGACCGUUUCUCUGAGAUUAUAAAAUCAGAAAGUUAAAUAUUCGGUGAGAUUAAAGAACCAGAUCAAACCGUAUCUUCAAAGAUUAUAACGUCGUAAAUUUAGGAAAGAAAGAUCAGAAACUAACGAGGAAAACCAACUAGAAUAUUCUCUGAGAUUAAAGUCACAACGUUCCUAGAAAACAAACCUUGAACAGUAGAAUGUGAUGACAUGAGGUGUGAUGAGGUUGAUCCGAGUCGCAUCUGUCCGGUAAAUUGUUUAUAUCCCGGAGCUUCACCACAUCGUCUGACUUGUUAACGGGAAAUUAUCUUUUUGGGCACAUUGUAAUAAUAUAUGGAAGAUAAAGAUAAAAAUAAGGUGAAAACUUAGUACAAAAGAUCCCGUAUCUAGAGAUGCUCCGAUACCACUUUAUAUCAGACCGAGUACAGGUACUUACAUCUGGGUACUCUCCGAUACCGAGUACCGAUACGAGUACCGAUACGAGUACUUCUCUGUGCCAGAAGAGCCUCGUUAACAGCCAGCUGGAGGGUGUGAGCGACACACGGCAGACUGGGGAGUUCCGCGUACGAGACGGUGCGCCUAGGUCGGCUUGGAAAGGCUCGGGGCGAAGGGGCUUCCCGGGGCCGCAGCUUUACAGCGUUCCCCGCCCGGACCCUCGCUGCACCGUGACGGGGCUCCCUGCUCCCGGUGCGACUGUCGACCGUGCCGUGCCACGGCCCACGUAAAAAGCUCCAGGGGUCUGCGGCGAUGUCGCCAACCCACCCGACCCGUCUUUAAACACGGAUCAAGGAGUCUAACACACGUGUGAGUCAGAGGCUGCAAACAAAACCCCGUGGAGCAAUGAAAGUGGCUGAGGUGGGAUCCCGCCCAGCGGAGUCGGGCGCACCACCGGCCCGUCUGGCCCGCACCGUGGGGGAGGUGGAGCCUGAAGACCAGAAAGACGGUGACGAGAGGUUAACGUCACGCUGCCGUAAAGUGGUAUCGGUGCUGUUUUGCGAGUACAUGAGCACAGUAUCGGACCCGAUACCCGAUAAUGGUAUCGGUACCGGUGCAUCCCGACCCGUAAGUCAUAAAAAUAAUAACGAAGUAUCUCCGAAUAUUAUUUUGAGAAAGUUUUUCGGAACACGGGGUCGGGGUCGUGGUCGGGGUCGGCGUUCUGGUCGGGGGUCGUGGUGGACGAAGUAUGACAACAAACUGAGGUUCUGUUUCUGUCUAAAGAUGAUUAUUUUGUCGUCAUAGAGAUGAAAACAUCAGAAUAUGUUCAUUGAUCAGGACUGACGGACUGACGGAGCGUCUGACGGCUGCUGGUUGUUGUUUCUGUAUAUAGAAAUCUAAAUGUGUAUAUAAAAGCUUGAGCAGAUAAAAUAGAGCAGUAAACAUAUUCUAAUAAUAAUAAUAAUAAUAAUUCUACUAGAGCUGACUCAGACCUCGAAGUUAACGGAGGUUAACUGAGGUUAGCUGAGGUUAACGGAGGUUAACUGAGGUUAGCUGAGGUUAACGGAGGUUAACGGAGGAUUUAAUCAUUUAGAGCUUUGAUUUGUUUUCUUUCUUUUCCUUUUCUCGAUGUUUCAUUUGAAUCCGUUGAGUAUGUUGUUUUUUUAAUGGUUAGUAAAUGUCGGAGUGAAGCGACGACUUCCUGCCUGCAGACUUGUUUGUUUUCACGUUACCGGGGCAACGCUGAGGAACACCUUGAUGAGCUCUUCAUCGUCUGUUUGUCCUGAAACUAAAAUACGUGUUCAGAAAUAAAAGUGUAUUUUUCUCUGUUUCUA